ACCUUCCUCUUUCUUUCUCUGUCUCUCUCUCUCUCUCUCUUUCUCUCUCUCUGUCUCAUUCUCCAUUGCACCUUCCUUUCCUCUUUUCCUCUACCAUUUGUGAGAUUCCUCCAAUGGUCUUUUACCUUCCAUUGGAUUGUACAGAUUCCUAGCUAUAAUACCCAGAUAUCAAUCUCUGCAAUUCUAUUUGAUUUGUGGCUGUUUAUGUGAAAAACUUUUAAGGACUGUAAAAAAAAAAAAAACUUUUCUGGGUCAGGUUUCUGCUUUUUUUUUUCCCUUGCAAACUAUCUUCUGGGUUUGCUGCAGAAUAAAGCCUUCAAUACCCACUGCAAAUAAAGCUUCAAAACAACUGUUUAUAUUUUCAGAAAAAUUUCAUUUUUUUCUGAAUUUUAUUUUAUUUUUUGGUCAAUAAAAUUAUUUUCUCCCCCUUUUUCUGCAAAUUUUUUCUUCCUAUUUUUUCCCCCCGAACUUUACUUGAGGAAAAUAUUGAGACAUGGGCAAGCAAGGACCUUGCUAUCACUGUGGAGUUACAAGCACACCACUUUGGCGUAAUGGACCACCUGAGAAGCCAGUACUAUGCAAUGCAUGUGGAUCUCGAUGGAGGACAAAGGGAACACUUGCAAAUUAUACCCCUUUACAUGCUCGAGCAGAAACUGUUGAUUAUGAGGAUCAAAGUGUUUCCAGGGUAAAGAGCAUAUCAUUAAAUAAGAGCAAAGAAGUGAAAUUUGUCAAACAAAAGCUGAACCAUGAUAAUGCUGCAUCUGGAGGGCUUGCCUAUGAUUACAACCAAGGAUUCCGAAAGGUUGUAGAUGAAGAUGCAAGCAAUAGAUCAAGUUCAGGGUCAGCUGUAUCUAACUCAGAGAGCUGUGUUCAAUUUGGUGGCACAGAUGCUAGUGAUUUAACAGGUCCUGCUCAGUCAGUGGUCUGGGAUGCCAUGGUGCCUUCUAAAAAGAGGACAUGUGCAGGUCGUUCAAAGCCUUCUUCUGUUGAGAAGCUCACAAAAGAUUUAUGUACAAUUCUUCAUGAACAACAGUCUCACUUUUCUGCAUCUUCUGAGGAGGAUCUUCUUUUUGAAAGCGAAACACCAAUGGUCUCUGUUGAGAUAGGACAUGGAAGCAUUCUCAUUAGGCAUCCCAGCUCUAUAGCUCGUGAAGAAGAGUCUGAGGCUAGCUCUCUUUCAGUUGAUAAUAAACAAAGCUUGAUGAGUGAGGCAUAUUCAUGUUCUGGUACCAGACCUAUGCAUAGUGAUUGCAGUGGCAUGAACUUCUCAUCUCAGGGAGUUAAAAAGGUCAGAAACUCUGUUGGCCAAAUAUUGCAACAGGAGCAACUUAAAAGGUACAAUUAUCAGCUUGAAAAACAACAAGUUCUUGGAAAUCAUGAUUCACCACUGUGCUUAAUAAAUUUAAAUGCUGUAGUGAACUAUGAGGAGUUUACGAGAAACUUGACUAAUGAAGAGCAGCAGCAAUUACUGAAGUAUCUCCCUGUGGUUGAUACUGCCAAACUACCUGAUGGCCUUAAAAUCAUGUUCAGUAGCUCUCAAUUCAAGGAGAACUUAACUUAUUUUCAGCAACUUCUUGGGGAAGGCGUCUUUGAUAUCUCUUUGCUGGGGCCAAAACCUGAAGACUGCAAGAUGUUGAAAAGGCUUGCGUUAUCUAAUCUCUCACAGUCAAAAUGGGUAGAAUACUAUAACUUCAUCAAGGUGCAGAGAUAUGAAAGCAGAGCUGGAAAAUCUAUUGAUCUGGAAUCUACUGGUAUGGCAUCAAGUAAUGUUGCAAAUGGCAAGAGAUUGCGUGACAGCCAAAAUCAAAAUUUUUCAGAAUUGAAGACAACAAUGAGGAGCCCCAAAAGGGUGAUCAUAAAGGCUGGCUGUGAGGGCAAAGAAGUUGUAGAAGAUGGCUCUAGCUUCAGUCCAAAAAGCCUAUUUGCUUUGCCUCAUGAUGGUAGCUUGUUCAUGCUGGGUCCUUUAAACUUUGUGGAUGAGAAUUCUGAUCAGGAUCUGCUGCUAGAGGUGCCAUCUAACAGUUCUUUUCCACAGGCAGAGCUCCUGCACCCAACUUUAAGCUUUGGUGCUCAAGCCAGCACAAGUAGUAGCUCAGUAUACUCACAUGCUACUCAUCCUUAACUAAUCUUUAUUAGGUUACUUGGAUGAGUAUGGAUAGAAUCUUCUUUCGUAAUUAGAGUCCACAUGAUUUGCGUCUUAAAAACCAAAAUUCCUAUACAAGAGAUAUGAUGGUUGUGCUUUUAUUUCCUUGCAACCUUCUUGAGCUUUGAUUUCCAAAGGAUGGAAGUUGGAUGGGCUUUUUUUGUAUAGAUUGUAACAAGUAGCAUGAAUGUGGAGUGAUGGUCUCCAGAGUUUUGUAUGCAUAUUAUAGUUUAUGUUCUGUGAAUUAUUUUGACACCCUUUUU